UAUCGAUUGCUGCGCAUCUCUAGCACAAAGCAGCGCAAUUUGUCCAAACUUUUUGCUUUUAAUUAUUUGUUUUAAAUACUCUGCAAAACGGACUCCAAACAUGGAGCGCUACUUUAAGGAAUUAUACAAAAAGCAUCCAUUUCAGUGUUUCGGAGAGAAAAAUCGGGAGACGCAGAAGGUGGCGCGUACCAUGCGGCGCCAGGAUCUCUUUCAGAGCAACCGCAACAAGUAUGUGACCUCCAAACCGCUGGCGGAGGAGGCGCAGCCACGCCUUAGCUAUGCCACUCCUCCGAAAGAACACCAUGCUGUAGCUACGCAGGCGCAGCUCUAUUUAAAGCGCUUCUUAGAAUGGAAGGCGCUUAAAAAGGAUAAAACAAAGAACGAACAAACUGCUCGUCGUGGUCAUCAGAUGCACUCGUUGCCCACACAGGUUUCUAAAUUUGCUUACAGCAGCGGAACAUUCACACCGCCAUCGAACCUCCAUCUCCAGAAAGAGAAAGCUCCAGUGUUUGGGCCUCCAAAAAAGCAGUCCUUGUACGUGCUUGUCGAUAAACAUUCGCGUACACCCAACACGUCAGCGGACUUGUCUUGGCCGAACCCUGUGAAAUCGAGAGUAACUACAGUGAGGUCAACAACGAAGUUGCAUCCUGCCUCAGUAAAGCCCCAAGCCAAAAAAAUGGCUCGAGCAAAUCGUGUAGACACAGCCAGUCCCAAUCCAGGAUGCGGCGGAGGAGCUGCGGGCAAACUAAAGCAGAUCGUAGAGCAAACAAAAGCGGCCGCUUUCAAAAACCGGCCUGCCACCCCGAUUUCGAUUAGAAUGAAGGCUAAGAUAAACAUUAAAUGGGGAAAUAUGCAGAAACAUGUGCGCAAUCGUCCAAAACUCAGAUUGGAUUUGAUUGAGGCGGUGAGCAUGGAGCUGCCUCCCAAUACGCCGUUGAGUGGAACCAGGACCAGGACCAAGCAGCUUGCCCUGGCCACGUCCACUCAACGGAGAUCCAACAACUGGCCCGAUGAUAGUCUCGAGGGAUUUGGAAACAUUUCCAUCAUAAGUCCGGGGCAGCGGAAGUCGCAGGACAAGGAACCAGGAACUAAAAGCCAAAACCGUGGGGCUAUCUUCGGAACCAAGAACAAUUUUCGUCGUUUCAAAUUAACCUACGAAGAAGGUAAUAAAAGUGAUGAUGAGACAGCCCUAGGUGCCGAUAAGUUGGAAGAUUGCAAAGAGGCUGAAAGACAUAUUUAGACCAUGGAGCUCGGACACACUGCGAAAAUUGUAUUGAAUGUUUAAAUUUAAAUUGUACUUAUGUCUAUAGUUUAUGCAGGUGUAUGUAUUUUAUUUAUUGUUUAAGUUGCACAUAUUUGUUUAUGGUAUUAAUUUUGAAAUAUUUAAAAAAUGUCAAACGUAAUUUUAAGCUAAUUUUACAUGUGCUAAGACCAAACAUUAUUAUUGCAUUUAUAUGGUCGAACUAGUCAUUUCUCGAAAUUAUGCUUCUUGAAAUAUGGCGGUCAUAUUUUAGAUUUUAAAUUGUAAUUAUAUUGUUUGCAAGGCCCCAUCGAGAUGGAAGGAAGCUAUGAUUGUUUCUAGAAAAACGUCGCUGGUAUUUCCCGGUGUUUUUCAAAAUAUUUAUGUUAAAAGAAAUUAAUAAAUUAUUGUGGUAUACAACUAGACCUAAUUUCAAAUA